CUCAGCUCGCUUUCCUCUUGCAGCCAUGUCGGUCGUGGGCAUCGAUUUGGGUUUCCAGAGCUGUUAUGUGGCCGUGGCCCGCGCUGGUGGCAUCGAGACCAUCGCGAACGAGUACAGCGACCGCAGCACGCCAUCAUGUAUAGCCUUUGGACCCAAGAACCGCUCCAUUGGCGCUGCAGCUAAAAGCCAGGUUAUUUCAAAUGCAAAGAAUACAGUACAAAGUUUUAAAAGAUUUCAUGGUCGUGCAUUCUCAGAUCCCUUUGUUCAAGCUGAAAAAGCAAGCCUUGCCUAUGAACUUGUCCAGCUGCCAACAGGCUCAACUGGCAUCAAGGCCAUGUAUAUGGAAGAAGAAAGAAACUUUACUAUUGAGCAGGUGACGGGAAUGCUCCUUACCAAACUAAAAGAGACUGCUGAGAAUGCUCUUAAGAAGCCUGUAGUUGACUGUGUUGUUUCUGUUCCUUCUUUCUACACAGAUGCAGAAAGGAGAUCUGUGAUGGAUGCUACCCAGAUUGCUGGUCUCAACUGUCUGAGACUAAUAAAUGAAACAACUGCAGUUGCCCUUGCCUACGGAAUCUAUAAGCAAGACCUGCCUGCCUUGGAGGAGAAGCCACGGAAUGUUGUUUUUGUGGAUAUGGGGCACUCUGCAUAUCAAGUUUCUGUUUGUGCAUUCAACAAAGGCAAACUGAAAGUUCUUGCUACAGCCUUUGAUACCACACUUGGAGGCAGAAAGUUUGAUGAGGUGUUAGUUGAGUACUUCUGUGAAGAAUUUGGAAAGAAAUAUAAGCUGGACAUCAAGUCCAAGAUCCGUGCCUUGUUGCGGCUGUACCAGGAGUGUGAGAAACUGAAGAAACUGAUGAGUGCUAAUGCCUCUGACCUCCCCAUGAACAUAGAGUGCUUCAUGAAUGACAUCGAUGUCUCUGGAACCAUGAACAGGGGCAAGUUCUUGGAGAUGUGUGAUGGGCUCCUUGCAAGAGUAGAACCACCCCUUCGCAGCAUACUGGAGCAAGCCAAGUUAAAGAAGGAGGAUAUCUAUGCAGUAGAGAUUGUUGGUGGCACCACAAGAAUCCCUGCUGUGAAAGAGAAGAUCAGUAAAUUUUUUGGCAAGGAAGUCAGUACAACCUUGAAUGCAGAUGAGGCUGUUGCACGAGGUUGUGCACUGCAGUGUGCUAUUUUAUCGCCAGCUUUCAAAGUGAGAGAGUUUUCCAUCACAGAUUUGAUACCCUAUCCCAUUUCUUUGCGAUGGAAUUCACCAGCAGAGGAAGGGUUAAGUGACUGUGAGGUCUUCCCCAAGAAUCAUCCUGCUCCAUUUUCCAAGGUCCUCACAUUCUACAGGAAGGAACCAUUUACUCUUGAGGCAUACUACAGCUCUCCCAAGGAGCUCCCUUACCCAGAUCCUGCUAUAGCUCACUUCUUGGUUCAGAAGGUCACUCCUCAAACAGAUGGCUCCAGUUCGAAAGUGAAGGUCAAAGUUAGAGUGAAUAUCCAUGGUAUCUUCAGUGUUUCAAGUGCAUCUCUAGUGGAGGUUCAUAAAUCAGAUGAGAAUGAAGAGCCUAUGGAGACAGAUCAGCACGCAAAAGAAGAGGAGGUAGGAGACUCUAAGAUGCAAGUAGACCAGGAAGAACAGAAGGCUGAAGAACAACAGCAGGCUCAACCUGAGAACAAGGCAGAGUCUGAAGAGAUGGAGACUUCUCAAGCUGACUCAAAAGACAAGAAAGUGGAUCAACCACCUCAAGCCAAGAAAGCUAAAGUGAAGACUACUACUGUGGACCUUCCCAUUGAGAAUCAGCUGGUGUGGCAGAUUGGAAAAGAUAUGCUGAACUUAUUCAUUGAGAACGAGGGUAAGAUGAUAAUGCAGGAUAAACUAGAGAAGGAGAGGAAUGAUGCCAAAAAUGCGGUGGAAGAGUAUGUGUAUGAGAUGAGAGACAAACUCUGUGGGGCUUAUGAGAAGUUUGUUAGUGAAGAUGAUCGGAAUAGUUUCACACUGAAACUGGAGGAUACAGAAAACUGGCUUUAUGAGGAUGGGGAAGACCAACCGAAACAAAUCUAUAUUGAUAAAUUGACAGAAUUGAAGACUCUGGGUCAACCUAUUCAAGCAAGAUUUCAAGAAUCAGAGGAAAGACCAAAAGCAUUUGAGGACUUAGGGAAGCAAAUUCAACAUUACAUGAAAAUUGUUCAUGCAUUCAAAGCAAAGGAUGAACAGUAUGACCAUCUAGAUGAAGCAGAUAUCGGAAAGGUGGAGAAGAGUGCAAAUGAAGCCAUGGAGUGGAUGAACAAUAAACUUAAUCUUCAAAACAAGAGAAGUCUUACCUUGGACCCAGUUAUAAAAGCAAGAGAGAUACAAGCUAAAACUAAAGAACUGACAAGCAUUUGUAAUCCCAUAGUCACAAAACCAAAACCCAAAGUUGAACUCCCCAAGGAGGAGCAGAAAGCAACUGAACCCAAUGGACCAGUAGAAGGGCAAGGGGACACCAACAGUGGGUCCCCAGCUGCUGAGCCGAGCGCUGCUACCGCUGCUCCCACAGCCCCUGAGAAGAAGCUUCCAGAAAUGGACAUUGACUGAGUUGCAGCACUUGUUUAUAUUAUUGCAAACUACAAUAAAGCUUUAAGUUGUCAACUUUGUACCUUCUGAAUCCAGACUGAAGCAAGCUAGUACCAUAGCGCUGGGGCGGCCUGCUCAGCGCACUGAGGCAGAAGGCUGCGGUAGCUCACUAUUCCUCUAAGCAGUAUGAUUGUGUAAAAGUGUUGGUGUCUUGACUAGACCUCCAGGCACACAGCACUAAUUUCAGUUGGUUUUUUUGUUUGGUUUUUUUAAUGUUCAGGGUGAGUCAAUCUUACUUUGAAGCUGUACCCUGCCUUGGCAGCACUGGUGUUCUCUUCCCCUGGGGAUUCCAGUAGCAGUGUUGAUUGAAGUGCCUGUUACCACAGGACUGCAAGAAGAUCAGGGGGAGAGGGGGUGUUCCUGCUAGAGGUCAUCUCACUGUACUCCAGCCCUUGUUUUAGUGUCAACCAACUAAUCUAGGUUUACUCUGAUGCGCAGUUCAUGGCUAUACCAGGUUUGCAAAGCUUCAGUACAGUUCUUCCCUCACCUCAUCGAUGACUCAGAUUCAUUUAUCUGAUACUAAACUUUGCAGCUCUACACUCCUGGAUCUGCUCUUUUACGUACCACAGUCUAUCUGUGGCUGAUGAGCUCAUGUAAAUUUUUUUGCCUCUAGUUCAAAUUAGCUGCUUCUAGAAGAGUGAAUGCUUUGUAUUUGACUGCCUACACCAGCAGUUGCUUCUGAUUUGUUCCUAACUUUCUGAAGGGGGUAUGCUUGCUUCCAUGAGGCCUUCAUUUGGAAGGGGUGGGGGAUUUGUUUUGUUUUCCCAGGGGAAAAAAAAAAUUAUUCAUUUGGCUUUUUUUUCCCUAUAAGCUUUAUACAGUGAUUUGCUUCUACUACUGAUUGUCAUUAAACUUGCACCCAUGAAUUUGUCUGUGUUAAAAUCCAAAGCUGAAAGCACCCGUUCAGAUAUUGCAAGAA